AUGGUUACCAAAACGGAGGAGAGUCAAUUGAACAAGCUCGAGAACCAGGUCGACAAUGGCGGUGGAGGCGCUUGGGAGUAUCUUUGCCUGGCCCGGAAGCUCAAGGUCAGGCGUUCCGAUAAGGUGCUCAAGUACGGGCUGUCCAUCUUGAAUGACUCCCGAAAGAGAUCCAGCCUCGGUUCCGAUGAGUGGACCCUAUACGAACAAGUGGCUGUUGCAGCUAUGGACUGCCACGCUCUAGAUGUGGCAAAGGAUUGCAUAAAUGCAUUACAGAAGAAGUUUCCAGAAAGCAAAAGAGUUGGCAGGUUGGAAGCAAUGUUACUUGAAGCAAAGGGAUCUUGGGAAGAUGCAGAGGCGGCUUACUCAAGCCUUCUGGAGGAAAAUCCAUUUGAUCAAGUAAUCCACAAGAGAAGGGUUGCUAUUGCAAAGGCACAGGGCAACAUUUCAGUAGCCAUUGAAUGGCUAAACAAAUAUCUGGAAAUAUUUAUGGCAGACCAUGAUGCAUGGAGAGAACUUGCAGAGAUAUACGUCUCCCUACAGAUGUACAAGCAAGCUGCUUUCUGCUACGAAGAACUGAUACUUUCCCAACCUACUGUCCCACUCCACCAUCUUGCCUAUGCUGAUGUGUUCUAUACACUCGGCGGACUGGAGAACCUUCAAACAGCAAAGAAAUACUACUCUUCCACCAUAGAUUUAUCUGGAGGCAAGAACAACAGAGCUCUCUUUGGCAUCUGCUUGUGUAGCUCCGCCAUUUCACAACUGGCCAGAGGGAGGAACAGGGAAGACAAGGACAGUAGCCCAGAUCUGCCAUCUCUGGCAUCAGCUGCUCUUGAGAAAGAGUACAAGCUGCAGGCCUCCGAUAAGCUCUCCGUCCUUACCUCGACUUUGAAAUGCUUGAGAGUCUCGUCAUAA